GUGGUCGCUUCAUACGCCGCCGAGAUGGCAGGAGGUGUGCGGAAGAAAUCUCCGGGUUCCCCGUCAGCACUGUGGGGGAAACUUCACACGCUGUGGCAGGACAAACACAUGGUCCUGUUCAAGACGGAGUACACGUUACUGGUCGUUUCCGUUCUGUGGUUCCUGGAGAUCGGGAUCAACGUGUGGGUCAUACAGAAAGUAGCAUACACCGAGAUAGACUGGAAAGCCUACAUGGAUGAAGUAGAGGGAGUCAUCAAUGGUACCUACGACUACACCGAGCUUAAAGGAGACACCGGCCCGUUAGUGUACCCGGCUGGCUUUGUCUACAUCUUCACAGCACUCUACUACAUUACCAGCCGUGGGGUGAACAUCCGUCUGGCGCAGUACAUAUUUGCUGCUUUCUACCUCAUCACACUGCUGCUCGUCUUCAGGAUAUACUACCGCACGAAGAAGGUUCCGCCCUAUGUGUUCUUCUUUGUGUGCUGUGCUUCAUAUCGGAUACACUCUAUCUUUGUGCUGCGUCUCUUUAAUGACCCUGUGGCAAUGAUGCUGCUGUUUGCAGCUGUCAACCUCUUCAUGGAUGGAUACUGGACUCUGGGCUGCGGCCUUUACAGUUUAGCAGUGUCUGUGAAAAUGAAUGUGCUCCUGUUUGCUCCGGGACUACUUUUGCUCCUCCUAUCUGAGUUUGGUCUAAUCAGGACAAUUCCCAAACUCUCUCUGUGUGCAGUCAUACAGCUUUUGCUAGGUCUGCCUUUCCUCCUGGAGAAUCCCAUGGGUUAUAUGAGCCUGGCGUUUGAUCUUGGCCGUCAGUUUAUGUUCAAAUGGACGGUCAACUGGCGCUUCCUGCCAGAAUGGCUGUUCUUAAAUCGUUACUUCCACUUCCUCCUGCUGGCUGUCCACCUGCUAACCCUGCUGCUCUUUGCUCUCCGCCGUUGGAAGAGGCCAGAAGAAAGCCUCUUCGAACUCCUCAAGGAGCCAAGCAAGAGGAAAACACCUGCUCAGAAAAUCCCUGUUGAUCAGAUGGUGCUCAUUCUGUUCAGCUCUAACUUCAUUGGCAUGUGCUUCAGUCGUUCGUUGCACUACCAGUUCUACGUCUGGUACUUCCACACGCUGCCUUUCCUGCUCUGGAGUGGAGGAGUGAAGAAGCUGGCCCACCUGCUCAGAGUUCUUAUCCUGGGUUUGAUCGAGCUUUCAUGGAAUACCUACCCCUCUACAAACAGCAGCUCGGCCGCCCUCCACGUCUGUCAUCUCAUCAUCCUCCUCUGUUUGUGGCUGGCUCCGCCGCUGCCUUCCGCCCCAGCAGAAACACAAGAACAUACACCCGUCAAGGACAAACGCCAGUGAGCCACAGCCUCAUCAGACUGGACGUCAUAUUUAAGUCUAAUCAGCUGCUGAAUAGCCUCCACCACCCUCCUCUUUUUGAGCCUCACAGCGGUGCAGAGUGAGGCUGUGGGACAGACUGUGUUACAAGUGAAUUCAAGGAGCCAUUUAAUGCUUCACAUCUCAGCUAACUACUUAAAGUGAAGGAAGAUAAUGUGUGGGUGCAGUCUGCAGAGAGAUACCUACACGAUGAAGUAGUCCCUUGCAGUUUAAGAUAUGAAAAGAGAAAGAAAAUAGGGAUUCUCAGGUUUCAUAUUUAGAUACAAGAGUGGAGUAGAGUGCUAAGAGGAAAUUGUGAAUUUCAACAGGCCAAUUUACUUUUCCUUUACUUGAUAGUCUGAUAUUAUACAAAAUUAUCAAGAUAUCGUUGAUAUGGUACAGAACUUGUACGCAGCACCAAAAGCUUUGAAUUCAUUGCAAUCAAGCAGUAGGCUGCGGCAUUUCCAAUUGCCACAGUAGUUGCAAUAUUCUCCAGUACAAGGCCAAAAAUAUGUUCUAGUAGUUGUAUAAUUUUACACAAAUGUGUAAACUAAGCUGUAGACAAUCAUGGGUAUUUGUCUGAUUUGUGACAUAAUUGAUUAAUCUUCUGUUGUGAGUGGCUCACUUCACUAAGUCAAUUUAAUUUGAAAAUCUGGCAGUAGACUGAGACUGCAAACGCAUGACAUUUUAUAUUAAACAAAGUUUUUUCUUCUUCUUUCAUGUAUGUUUAUGUUACACAUUAAAACAAAUGGAAUUCUA